AGUCCGAAAGCGCUGAGGCGGCGAGAGGAACCUCCAGCAGCUCAGGUAACUGUUGCAUAAAGGAAUAGAUACUUUGGAAGAUCAGUUAUUGUGUCAACAGAAAAAAACGCUGGACUCUCUGCUUUUGAAAAUACAGUGGAUUUCUCAAAUUAGAAAACGUGAAAGAUCUGCUUGAAAGCUGAGAAUUUAACAAAGAAGAAUGGCAGAUGACAGGAAGUCUGAGGCAAACACAGCACAGUGGGCCUCAAACACAGUCCUCGAGGCUCCUUCACAUCAGUUUGCUGCAGAUAUUAAAGAGCAGAGUGCUUCAGAUGAAUGUAUAUCCAGGACUGAGAAUGGCUACUCACUCAGAGAGAACCCAGCAGAGGCACAGGAUGGAAGUCAAGCAGCCUAUACAGUGACACAAGCAAAUGGGAUUGAUGGGAAAAUCACUGCUAGAGAUGAAGCAACAGCAGCAUCUGGAAGAAGUUGUGACAUUAAACCAGUUCCUGCACCAGAAGCAGAAGUAAUCUCUGCCAGGAUUGUACAGGAGGUCACAGCUGAGGCAGUGGCAGUGGUCAAAGGAGAACAAGUGAAAGAUACUGUACCGAGAGAGCAGCCUUCUGCAGUGGAGGAUUCAGCCAACCUACCACCUUCUCCGCCCCCAUCUCCAGCAUCCGAACGCUUUGGGCCAACAGAGAAAGAUUUAGGGAUUGAGGUUAAGGCAAAACCUCUCCAAAGGUGCUCAAGCUAUCAGCCUGCCACCACUCAGGAGAAGCGCAAACUCCUAGCCCCCUCCAUUUCUAUUUCUGUUCACGACGAAGAGCCUUACAAUUCUGAUGAGGAGUACUAUGAGCAUCCUUUAUUCAGUUCACAAUGGACUGCCACUAGUACAAUCCCCAGUGCCACAGUUCAACAGGCAGAUGAGUUGUGUAGUCAGGACAAAGAAGAAGUUAUUGAGAGUCCAACAUCUGAUGAAGAGGAGCCAGCAGUAGCUCUUAAGCAAGAGCAUGUUCAAGAGCAUUGGGCUGCUGAGCAUUUAGUGCAAGCAGAAGCUGUAGCCCAGGCUCGGGAUACCAAAUGUAUGGAGGUCACAUCAUCAAUUGAAGACAGUGUGCCAGCUGAGAUUCCCAAUGGAAAGGGAAUGACUCUUAGGGAAGUUGAGUCCCUGGAAGAAAUGCCACCUUCUGUAGAAGCUCCUGAAAGUGUUGAAGCUGCUUAUGUCAUAGACCAGAAAUUUUCUGUUGCUAAGCAACCCAAGGAGAGAAUAACAAAUUCAUCUACACUAACAAAGAUUCCUACCUCAAAAUUAUCUUCCCUCCUCCCUGAAAGACCCAAUUCUACUUGUUCUGCUGCUAGAAAAGCCUUUAUUGACCUAGAUUAUUAUCCCACACGACCCUCGUCUGCUGGCCCUAGGGACUCAUUGACUGAGCAACCCGUAAGACAGGAUGCUGCAAUGAGGAGCCCAGAGAAGCGUUCUGCCCUACCCAGACCUUCUUCCAUCCUAUCCACUCGCCGGGCUCCACCAGAAGAAAAAGAUGCACAUUUUGUUCCUGCUACAAGCCCAGUUUAUCCAGCACCAAGACGACCAACAACUAUAAGGACUGAACCAAGAAAUGAUCAAAGGGGCCAAGGAAUGACCAGAUCGCGAGCACACACUAGUGCAGGAUCUGAAUCAACUCGCCCCAGGUCAGCAAGGAGCGGCACUGCCACACCAUCCACUCCUGGAUCAACUGCAGUCACACCUGGCACACCACCCAGCUAUUCCCGCACACCGGGUAGCAGGACCCCUCGCACUCCCGGCACUCCUGGUACACACAAGUCUCCCAUUCUUGUACCCACAGAACGGAAAGUGGCAAUUAUCCGCACUCCUCCAAAAUCUCCCCUUACUCCAAAGCAGCUCCGAGUGAUCAACCAACCAAUGCCAGAUCUGAAAAAUAUCAAAUCCAAAAUUGGAUCAAUUGACAACCUUAAGCAUCAACCCAGAGGAGGGCAGGUACAUAUAGCAAAUGUAAAACCUGAUUUUAGCCAUAUUCAGCCAAAAUGUGGCUCGCUGGACAACGUACGUUAUUCUCCCCUGGUUGGAAACGUGCAAAUAGUUACUAAGAAAAUAGAUGUGAGUCACAUCACAUCAAAGUGUGGCUCUUUCAGCAACAUCCACUAUAGACCAGGUGGAGGACACAUUAGAAUUGAAAGUCAGAAACUGGAUUUUAAAGAAAAAGCUCAAUCUAAGGUUGGCUCACUUGAUAAUACACGUCACACUCCUGGAGGUGGAAAUGUAAAGAUCGAAAGUCAUAAGCUUAGCUUCCGUGAGAAUGCCAAGGCUCGUGUGGACCAUGGAGCAGAUAUUGUCACUCAGUCCCCAGGACGAUCUGGUGCCACAACUCCUCAUAGGCUGAGCAAUGUCUCAUCUUCUGGAAGCAUCAAUUUAAUGGAAUCACCACAACUUGCCACACUUGCCGAUGAUGUUACUGCUGCAUUAGCCAAGCAAGGAUUGUGAUUUUGCUGUCCAAUUGUUUGUUUGUAGCAUGUGCUUUGAGCCUUCACGAGCUCAAAGUGGGAUUGUGUUUAUUCCUUUCAAUUAAAUAUUGAUCAUGUCCUAAGACUGUAGUGAAUAAAAACAAAAUCUCGUUUCCAUUCAUGCCAGGUUUCUGGCUUUAAAUGGGUACAACUGCUGUACAUCAUACGUAGCAAUGUUUUCUCAGCUCUACUUGCAUGGACUGACGACAAAUACAUUUACAAUGUUUAAUGCCUAAAGGCACUGUUGAAAUGAAUCGGUACUCUGAAAGCAGUUGACAUGCUUUAUUCCCAGUUACUCAUUCAAUAUUGAGUGUGUUUUUCCUUAUAGGUGAGGGAAGGCGUCUAUUCUUAAUAUUUAUUGCAAGAUGAAUAAAUUAUUGCAUACUUGUGUUACAUGGGAAUAAAAGUUUAAGUCCAGAAACUAGUAAUAUAUGUAAAGAAUCCCUGGAUUUUCAGUUCAGGAAAGAAAAGCAGUCUAGUAAAUUAAGCAGCAGAAGUAUUAAUGUCAAAACAUGAUAUGAACACAAUGUUAUUGUGCCCAUUCACAAGGUCGUGGUGUUUGGCAUUUUUACAGUACAAGUUACAACAAAAAUGGGAAUGAAGUUGCUCAAAACUAUCACGCAGCUACUUUUAAUAGGAUGCAUUUCCUAUGCUGAGGAUUUGCAUCUGAUUAGAAUGUGUCAGUUCAUUGCUAGAUUUCUAUAUAUGCCUACUUUUCAUAUUCUGUUUUAUCAGCUGUUUGAUACAGUAUAAUAGAUAUCCUAUGUGGCAAGUUGUUAUCCCUUAUAUACUUGAAGUUAUGCUUUUAUUCACAGUAUCUGUGUUUCUGCACCUUUUGGUGUCACUGUUUAGGAUAAGGUAGCUGUUAGCAGUUAUACUUGUUAGAUUUAUCUCUCAAAAAAAUUAGCAUGAAGAGCUUACUGUAACAACCAAAAGCUAUGACCUUGUUUUAGUGCCAGAUGCAAGUUUGUUGAUGUAUUGCUAGGUAAAAGAUUUCAAACAAUCGCUUUGUAGAGUUUUGAUGUACUGAGGGGGUCACAAUAGCAUUUGGUGUGCGCUGUUUUCUGUUUACUUCAUUUGGCAAACCUAUUUAAGUAGUAGGGGCAUAAGAAGGAAGGUUCUUUUAAAAAUAUAUAUUAUAAUAUAUAUUUGUAUAUUAUAAUAUAUAUUAUAUAACAUAUAGUUGGAGUACUUUUUGUUCAGAUUUGUUGACUUCAAUUCAGAAUUACUGUAGUCAUGCGUACAGGACAUUUCUUUGAACUCAAGUUCAAAGAACACAUGAGAUUUUAUCCUCAGUUUUUAGUUAAAAUUCAUAUCUUAAUAAUCAUUUUUAACUGAAGAAGGAAUGACAGAAGUUUAGAAUGCAAUCUGAGGUUGUAGAGAGGCAGUACCUUGUUUCACAGAGCUGGAUAGACUAUAUCAAAGCUAACAAAACUUGUACCUGAAAGUAUGUUUGGUAAAUGUUGCAGUCUGCUGCCAAGGGUCCAUGCAGAUAUUUAUUAAUAUACUCGAACUGGACAGUGUUAACAAAUAUUAAACAAAUUAGACCAUCUUUUUCACUAGCCUGUAAAAAUGCAUUGGAAAGUAAAUUAAUCUUUUGCUGUAGAAAACAAUUAUGUAUUUUAAGAUUAUCUGAAUUUGUUGAAAAAAUGCUGCAUAUUUUUUCAUUUUAAAAAUACAGCUUGUAUUGAACCAUACAGGAUAUUGUGUAACAGGAAUUAGUAGGAACUUUGUGAAAGUCAGGUAUUAAAUGAAGGUCUGAGGGUUAUGAUUUUAAUUUCCUGCCAUAUUACUCCAACAAAGUUUUGAAAAAAAAAUUACUUCAGCUUUUUACACGAGAUGAGGGAAAAAUGGGGCAAAAUAAGAUACUAUGUCCUGGUAUAUGCUGUGGGAUUUUAAUGUGCUUUAGAGAAGGUGUUUCAUGUCCCGUCAUUCUGGAGUCUGUUAAAACAGAAUGAUAUUUUGGGAUUGGCUAGUGUUAGCUUGUAAAUGUUUUUAAGUCAAAUUUGCACUUGUGUUUGUUGCUGUAGAGUGAUUCCAGAAUAAACUGCUACUCAUCUGACACUAACAAAUUUUUGUGUUGCUUAUUUUGUAACCUGGGAGUUUGUGGACACAGCCUGAAAUCAGGCAGCCGGUUGCAAUUUA